CCCACCUUGGCCUCUGGAACCUCAGCCAGAUUUGGAGGAAAGAACCAGUUUUCAGAGGGGUUGCCUCAGACCACACUAUCUCCACUCGCCCAGCCUGUGAAAGACUAGCGACCAUGUUUUCCAACAGGAUGGGAACUGUAGCUGCUGCAAAAAGGAGGACAUGUCUUCUCUCCUUACUGCUCAUUGGCCUCUGGGGCUGUGUGACUGUCACCUGUCACGGGAGCCCUGUGGAGGACAUCUGCACAGCCAAACCUCGGGACAUCCCUGUGAAUCCCAUGUGCAUUUACCGUUCCCCAGAGAAGAAGGUGACUGAGGAGGAGGGCUCCGAGCAGAAGGUCCCUGAGGCCACCAACCGGCGGGUCUGGGAACUGUCCAAGGCCAAUUCCCGAUUUGCCACCGCUUUCUAUCAGCACCUGGCUGACUCCAAGAAUGACAAUGACAACAUUUUCCUGUCACCCCUGAGUAUCUCCACAGCUUUUGCUAUGACCAAGCUGGGUGCUUGUGACAACACCCUCAAGCAGCUAAUGGAGGUUUUUAAGUUUGAUACCAUCUCUGAAAAAACAUCUGACCAGGUCCACUUUUUCUUUGCCAAACUGAACUGCCGACUGUAUCGAAAAGCCAACAAAUCCUCCGAGUUGGUAUCCGCCAACCGCCUUUUUGGAGACAAAUCCCUUAUCUUCAAUGAGACCUAUCAGGACAUCAGUGAGGUGGUAUAUGGAGCCAAGCUCCAGCCCCUGGACUUCAAGGAGAAGGCAGAGGAGUCCAGACUGACCAUCAACAAGUGGAUAGCUAACAAGACUGAAGGGCGCAUCACUGACGUCAUUCCCCCGGACGCCAUCAACGAGUUCACUGUUCUCGUGCUGGUCAAUACCAUCUACUUCAAGGGGCUGUGGAAGUCAAAGUUCAGCCCUGAGAACACAAGGAAGGAGUUAUUCUACAAGACUGAUGGGGAGUCGUGUUCGGUAUCCAUGAUGUACCAGGAAGGCAAGUUCCGCUACCGGAGUGUGGCAGAAGGCACCCAGGUGCUUGAGCUGCCCUUCAAGGGUGACGACAUCACCAUGGUGCUCAUCCUGCCCAAGCCUGAGAAGAGCCUGGCCAAGGUGGAGCAGGAACUCACCCCAGAGGUGCUGCAGGAGUGGCUGGAGGAGCUGGCAGAGACGCUGCUGGUGGUCCACAUGCCCCGCUUCCGCGUGGAGGACAGCUUCAGUGUGAAGGAUCAGCUGCAAGACAUGGGUCUCGUGGACCUGUUCAGCCCUGACAAGUCUAAGCUCCCGGGUAUCGUGGCAGAAGGCCGGAGUGAUCUCUACGUCUCGGAAGCAUUCCAUAAGGCAUUCCUUGAGGUAAAUGAGGAAGGCAGUGAGGCAGCAGCAAGCACCGCCAUUGGGAUCGCUGGCCGUUCACUGAACCCCAACAGAGUGACCUUCAAGGCCAACAGGCCCUUCCUGGUGUUGAUAAGGGAAGCUGCUCUCAACACUAUUAUCUUCAUGGGCAGAGUAGCCAACCCCUGUGUUAACUAAAGUGUUCUUCUUAUCCUUUGCACCUCUUCCUAUUUUGGUCUGUGAAUAGAAGUAAAAAUAAAUACAUCUACUCCCAUCUCACAAUUAUGAAUGGACUUUGCCAGUUGAAAUGAAGACAAGGACAGGAAGAUGCUACUGGGGAUCUGGUAAAAUGAUGCUUUCAACCGUUCUGUACCAGUGAACACACCUGAGUCAAGACAGAAGGAGGGAGAUGUCACUGCUCCAUCUUAAAAGAUGGCAGGCUUCCUGAAGGGGCAGGGGGAGCUGGGAAGCUCAGUAUUCCCAUCAUACUAAAGAAUAUCCAAAAAUUAAAAAUGAAUUAAUGUCUAUAUACAGAAAAGACAGAGAUUCGACUCGAGUAUUAAACCAUUUAGUUCUCAAACCA